GCCGCCAUUUCCCCGUCAUUGCAUCGUACUACAUUCACGAACGUCGUGUCAGAAUGAGGGCCACGGAAGGCUUCAUUUGGGAAAUUUGAUUUACUUCAUUUGUACGAAGAGUGAUAAUUCGUGACUCUAUGAGUGUCCGGCCGUACCUUUGUCAGACAGUUUACAGGUGAAUUGACUUAUUUAACAACAGACAUCUGAUUGUUGUUACGUGCAAUAAUGGCUGGAAAAGGUGGAAGACGGCGGGGAGGAGGCAGACGAAUCGGCGGUCGACGACACGGGCAUGGGAUCGGUAUGAGGCGUGGUGGUGUUGGCCACCGCCGGAGGUACGGUGGUCGGGGAGGAGGAGGAGCAAUAAGGAUCACAGGGAAGGCAGCUAUUGGGGCAAUAUUACUCUUUUUAGGGAUCUUCUUAUUGAUCCCUGGAUGUGUUCUCUUUAGUACCGGAAUAGGCGGAAGCUUUGGUGGUGGGACGAUGAUACCGGGACUUGUCUUACUCGUUUUGUCAGGAACAGCCAUUAUUUCAGGCCUUGUUAUCUGCGUCAUCUUUAAAUGUGUUCUAAACAAGGAAACCCCGACGACAACUACCGUGACGCCCCAGGGCACAGUUCCCGCUACCACUAGCACGGCAAUAGUGGAGAAUGAAGAACAGCCGCGACAAGUGCACAUAACGGUGAACUACGUCAGAAAGCCCGGGGAACCCGUUCCUCAACCUGGACAAUUUCUCGUCGGACAACCAGGAAUGGAGGGUCAAUACCCAGUGCCAAUGGAUCCACAAGGUUACCCACCACAGGGUUAUCCACCACAGGGUUACCCACCACAGGGAUACCCACCGCAAGGAUACCCACCACCAGGAACCGGUGAUAUGGCGUAUCCACCGCCAGCCAACAGUGUGCCUCCUCCAGUGACGUACGGAUACGAAGGAAACCCUGGAUAUCCGCCACCGAAUGGCAUGAUGGAUACAACAGCGCCACCACCACCAGCGUACGACACCGUCACAACUCAGCAUCAAUAAUUUAUGAACACUUCAUCUUCAUCAACACGAUCAAACGCGGUUGCCAUGGCAGUUUAUUAUCAGUUACUGAUAUGACUUUAUUCCUUCUAAUUUUACCUAAAACAAAAUUAUAGGGCGGCGCAUAUUCUUCUCAACUCAGCUACGUCAACCAAUGAUUGUCACGGUGUUAAUGAUAUAAUAGCAAGUGUGCGUAAUUCGGAAAUACGUACAACGUACGACCCAGACGCCUGAACCGUUGUGAAGAGAAAGUUGUUCCGCGACAAUUUAUCGCGAGGUUCGCUGGUAAUCAGCUGAUAUUCUCACUUUUCUGCAUGGCAUCAUUCAAGAUGAGUUGGUAAACCGAAAUAUGCGCAUUCAUCACAUUAUGAGUUAUUCUACAACGCACAUUUUUUUGAGACACGUGAUCAUACUGUCGUCUACUUCAACAUACACGGGAUUGUACAGCCAUAAUGAGAUAUUAAUGCGGAAGAGUACUAGUAUUCACCUGCGCAUGCGUCAGAAGGCCAUAGCGUGUAAUUGUCAUGCGUCAGAUUGCC